CAGGUUUGAAGUUUUAAUGUGAAGGAGUCCGGUAGUAGUAAUUAGGAGGUGAGUACGCGUCGCAGCGGCUGCGGCGGCGCGACGGUCGAUAGCUGGAGCGACAGGCGGUACCGUCCCGGGUCACGCCUGCCAGAUCGAUAGCGGCACGGCGGGGGCGGAGGACCCGAACCCGGCAUUACUCGCGCCGCCACGGCAGACGAGACACCUAGUCCGCCGCGAGAUCGGCGGCAGGCGAGCGCGGCCGGGGCACGACGCUCCAUGCGACCUCCGCUCGCGACAUGAGCGGCGCCCGCCCCCGCAGCGCGCCCCUGCUCCUGGCGCUCGCAGCCGCCUUUCUCCCGCAAGCCAACCAUGUCGCGGGCGCCGGUGGGGGUGGCAUGUUCGGCGAUGUCAAUAUAUCAGCCAUAUUGGAUUCCUUUAGUAUAAGUUAUGACAAAAGAGUAAGGCCUAACUAUGGAGGUCCGCCAGUGGAGGUGGGCGUCACCAUGUAUGUGCUCUCUAUCAGCUCCGUCUCCGAAGUGCUCAUGGACUUCACAUUGGAUUUUUACUUCAGACAGUUUUGGACAGAUCCACGACUGGCGUAUAAAAAACGACCUGGAGUGGAGACGUUAUCAGUGGGAUCCGAGUUCAUAAAAAACAUAUGGGUGCCAGACACAUUCUUUGUAAAUGAAAAGCAGUCAUAUUUCCACAUAGCAACCACUAGCAACGAAUUCAUACGUAUCCAUCAUUCAGGCUCUAUUACUAGAAGUAUCAGAUUAACUAUCACAGCAUCAUGUCCUAUGCAUCUACAAUAUUUUCCUAUGGACAGACAACUGUGUCACAUAGAAAUUGAGAGUUUCGGCUACACCAUGCGGGACAUCCGAUACAAAUGGAACGAGGGCCCCAACUCGGUGGGCGUGUCGAGUGAAGUGUCGCUGCCGCAGUUCAAGGUCCUCGGCCAUCGCCAGCGAGCCAUGGAGAUCUCCCUCACCACAGGAAAUUAUUCUCGGUUGGCAUGCGAGAUACAAUUUGUUCGAUCCAUGGGAUACUACCUAAUCCAGAUAUACAUUCCGUCUGGUUUGAUCGUGAUCAUCUCGUGGGUGUCGUUCUGGUUGAACCGGAACGCCACGCCGGCGCGCGUGUCGCUCGGCGUCACCACCGUGCUCACCAUGACCACUCUCAUGUCCUCCACCAACGCGGCGCUGCCUAAGAUCUCCUACGUCAAGUCCAUCGACGUUUACCUCGGCACUUGUUUCGUCAUGGUUUUCGCCAGUUUAUUAGAAUACGCUACAGUAGGAUAUAUGGCAAAGAGAAUACAAAUGAGAAAACAAAGAUUCGUAGCCAUACAGAAAAUAGCGUCCGAAAAGAAACUGCCUGUUGAUUGCCCUCCAGUUGGUGAUCCACAUACACUCUCUAAAAUGGGGACGUUAGGGAGGUGUCCUCCAGGAAGAGCUUCGGUAAGCUGUUCGGAAGUAAGAUUCAAAGUGCACGAUCCGAAAGCACAUUCAAAAGGUGGAACAUUAGAGAACACCAUAAACGGGGGCCGGAGCGGAGCCGAAGAAGAGAACCCAGGACCACCGCCGCACAUACUCCACCCCGGCAAGGAUAUAAGCAAACUGCUGGGCAUGACGCCCUCUGACAUCGACAAGUACUCGCGCAUCGUGUUCCCGGUGUGCUUCGUCUGCUUCAACCUCAUGUACUGGAUCAUCUACCUGCACGUCUCCGACGUCGUGGCUGACGAUUUGGUUCUUCUGGAAGAGGAUAAAUAGAGGGGACGAUGUCUUUUAUCCACUUAUUUUUCCACUUUAAUCGCAUACAAUAAUAAUUUGAAACGAACCGCACUUAUUUCCGAAAUAAGUUUGAAGAAAAAUAGAACUAGCUGUAUUAUCCGUACGACUUAGUAACAAAGUUAGCUUACGAUGCGUCAUAGAACUCAUCGGUGACAUAACUUAUUCCAAAAAAAGAAUUUGUAGAUAUAACAGCACUAUCUAGUACCUAAUUAAUUAAAUUUAAUAAUGUAAUGAAAAUGUAAAUAACGUGUUGAGGAUAUGUAAAAUAUGGACGUCUUAAUCUAAGAUAAUAAAUCUCUUUUCUUGGAGUCUGAAGUAGUAACUAAACGACUGAACAUUUUAGAUAACAUGGACAAGACGUGUUUUAGUUUCCGUAGUGACAGAGGGAGUCGCAGGGAGUGCGAGGAGGCGCGCAAGCGUCGGCGCGGAAUUGCCGGGCUGCCAGUUCGAUUGUCAGACAGUUUCCUGGUGGUCAGACUCUGUAAAUACUAGCUUGCCGUAUGAGUAGGUGUUUAUUAUAAGGCUUUAGAAAUAAAUAAUAUCUUUACUAAACGAACCCAGUAAUUCAAUCAUGGACGUUUUUGGAACACAAUGUUGGUUCCACAUUUUCCAAUUUUCUUAAUAAGAUUUUGACACAGUGCAAUUUUUCGAAGUAAUUGGAAAAAGUUCCUAAACUAAUAUUGAGUAGCAAAUGGUUGUAUGAAUUAAAAUUAAAUCGUGAAAUUAAAGUUUCAAAUUAUUAUUAUUUCUGUGGUAAAAUGAGUGGAGUACAAAAUAAUGUAUGAUAAAAUCUGAUGCUCAAAUUUCUCCGCUUGAACAUAUUAAUUACUUAGUUGUAGUAGUUUUGUAGGUAUGUUAAAAACUUAGUUGUUCGUUUAUUCUUUGCUAUUUUCUACAUUGUUGUGAUAAUAAUAUUAGAUGUUUUCUGUUGGAAUGUAGUGCAAACCUAUCCAAUUCUAUCUAUUAAAUAUAUUUUGUUUCAUUUUAAUACAAAUUUGUAGCUACGUGUUGUAAUUUACAUAUAUAUGAUAAAUGUUUCAAAUCAGCAAUAAUUUAAGCUUCUCAUUGAAAAUGCACGUCGAUUUUAUGACAUUGGAACCCAUUAUAAUUACAUGCCGACAUAUCUAGUUACUAAUUGGAUACAUUAUAACAAGAGCAAUAAAAAUCUUACCUAACUAUGUUGAAAACGCAUUAUACCAUGUCAAAAGUCGACUGCACUUGCGAACGACUAACACCGUUAGAUGAAGAUACAGGUAAUUCAUAAUUUGCUUGCAGUAAUAUAAUGAUCAUGAUUAGUUUUGUCACAAUAGUUUGGCUCCAUAAGCGGUGUGCAUGUGCGAAGUAAGUAAAGUUAUUGUUGACCCUCUGAUAACUCCAGCAUGCGUACUCAACCUACCUCUGCGCCUUUCACUUUGUUCCAGUCAUGGUAUGUUUACCUUUAAAUAUUAGGCGAUACAUUUAUUUCGUUGAAGGAAUUGUUGAGAUUAUAAUAUGAAUGAAUAAGAUUAAUAUACUUAUAACACGUUAAUUUUUAUAUUGACAUUGAAAUAUUUUAUAGUCUAGUGCCGUGAGACGAUUGUUUUUGAUCGCAACUAUUUAUAAAAUAGUGAAAAGAGUUUUGCACUAAGGGAUGUUAUUGAAAGCGUGUUGUUGCCCGAGUAAUUUAUCAAUAAGUGAUUCGUCGCUAGUUUGAACCCAAAUAUCGAUUACAAAAUAGACAAACAUAUUCUUGAAUAUCAACCAUUCCAUUAAAUUAUGUGUAAAAAAAACCUUUAGUAAAGCAGUGUAUUAUUUUCCAACUAUUUAUUCGCUUCCUAGCAUGCCAAGCCUACGUGCGCUUAGUUAGUAUGUCAUUCAAUGUUUUUAGGUUAUUUUGAUUAAACGGUAAGAUUUUAAUUUUGAACGUAUCUUAGAUUCAUUGAAGUACUCCCAUAAUUAAUUGCAUAAUUUUUGUUUAAAAAAAUGAUGACGCAAUUUUUACAUUUUUAUUUAUUAAAUUAUUACCUCCAUAGAAUAGGCGCACAGUAGUCUAUGCAAUGCUUUCCCUAAUUAGUUGGAAUUAGUGUAAUAUUUAGCUUGUACCUCUCGCUAGAAGUAAGCUCUCGUAGCUGGAAGCAUUAGGUUGAGCAUUAGAACCGUUGGUGCCGGGGAAGCCGAUUCGUGACCGCGGGUCUCGCACGUCGUGGCUUACUGUCACCACGUGCUCCGCGCGGACCAUCGAGCGACUUCCCCCCAACAACGUUCGCCGGUACCCUCGAAUAUCUGACAAGCAGGGCUCCUGUCAUCAGCUGCGAAUUCGCGAGAUCGUGUUACUCUUAGCGGGUUCCAUAAGAACAAAUAUUUAUCUGUUUAACUUUUAAAACUACCUAAAUUAAAGCUCUAACACCAUAUAUAGCAAACAACUGCCGUGUGAUCGAAAACAAAUACUACCUAGGUAAAAUUUUGAGUUUAUUAUGUUUUUAAAUUUUACUAAUUAAUUAUAGGUACAUAGAUAUUUAUAUAAGUCAUUUAUAUUUAACGGAACCCAUUAAAACAAAUUCUGCGAGAGAGUGCUAUCAUUUAAUAUAGGUAUUCAGAUGCUAUUGUCACUUGAUUGUACAAUAUGUUGUGGCGAUGCUUGUCAUGGACCCGGCUGCCGUGGGGUCGUGUCACUCGCCGAGCUCACAGAUCCGUGGACUAAUCUAACAGCUGUGCGCUUGACAGUUUACUAGUGCCCGAAAUGUAUAACAAAAUCAGAAAAUUUUAGAAACAAGAUGUAGCACUGUAAAUUGUAGAUGUCUACUAAUUAAUAUAUUGUACUAAAUAGGUACGUUUUAGAUUAACUUUACUUAUAUUACUUGAAGUAUAUCAAAGGCACUCUGAUAAUAACGGCACCUCUUAAACUGUAUACUCACUUUUUAUUUAAUUGCAAACCGUUACUACAUUCUAAAUUAUAAUACUUACAGAUAAUUGAUAGAUUAAGAUUUAGGUUCGCUGGUAGACGUUUGAGAGUAGGUACUACGGCGUAGCCUCUGCUUCGUCUCUCCGAAACGAAAUUCUAAAAUAUUUGUCUAGUGAUUAGAUAUAAGUACGAGACAAAUAGUUAUAAGGAAAUGUAUCUUAGAUAUUAUUAUAUACAUAAAUACUUAUAUUAUAUACAACAGUCACAUCCACGUUAAUACGUCACAAGUAAGGUAAUAAUAUUAACGUAACUCGAUGCUAGCCGUCCGUCGCCGUAGUCGGGGCGGAGGUUCCGGCAACUGAUAGCCGGUUGUUGACUAGAUGCAGUAUAGACGAUGCAGAGUACAAGGCCGGCCCGCGGCCGUAGACGCCCGAGAGGUGACAUGGCGCGGUGACGCACCGCGGGCCUAUAUGAUCCCGACAAGUAGCCACCUUUCCUGUAUUUGUAUAUUCUAUCGAACAUAGAAAAUUGUAUCGAAGUUCUAAAACAAUAAUCCACCAAAGAGUACUUGCCUAAAAGUAAAAAAAAAUACCUACUGUGCAAUAUGCUAGUCAAAGUCAGUCGGAUACUUAGUAAUAAGUAGGUAAAACAACGGAUGAUAUUUUAGCAUUAUCACGACGUCGUAUGUAGGUACCUUAUAUAAUAUGAAUUGCUCAGAAAAUAAAUAGGAACACUUUGCCUCAUGUAUUUACUAAAUGAAGUGUAUAAUAUAACUCCGUGUAUAAAACUAAAACAUAGAUAACCUAAGCUCAUUAAAAAGUAUAUUUUGAUGUUAGUAACAGAUUUUUUGAGAUUGUUCAUUUGUCUACGUAUUUGGAAAAAUAUAUUUACUGCAUAGAUUUCACUUAGGAUAACCUGCGUUCAUUUGGGGAGUGACUGCUUAAAUGAUAUUUGUUUUUUGACUAAUAUGUUAUAUUUAUAAGUUUCGUGUUAUAUAAUUUUUUUUAAUAAGUAAAAGAACGCUAGGUAAUUAACGUGUACAGUCUGCCGGUCUGCCCGAGAGGAUAUAGUUUAUGUGCUCAAUAAGUGACGCUAGUCAAGUCAAUUUUUUUAGGCUAUUGAACUAAUAAACUAUUGGCGAACGCGACAUGCAGAAGAGGGGCGACAAUAACAAAGGUAGCACUCCUCAAGUACCAGAAGUACAAAUGUUCGUUCUAGAGUCAGCUGCCGAACCGUGCCGAGUACUUUCGAGCCACGACGUGGCGCGCCAAGUCUGAAGUGCCCAGCUGGCAUGGUUUAGUGUCUGACUGUACGAAUCUAAUUCAACGUUUCCUUCACAAAUUGAUUUAUUAAGUACGCUUCAAAAGAUAUAUCAAUAUUUUCUAAACGGUAUUAUAAAAAUUAAGCGAUUACUUGAUACUUUAAAGUAAUUUUAUAUCAGUUUUGAUGGAAAUGACACUAAAUGGAAUAAUAGAAUCAGUCAAUAGUAAACAUUAUUUUAGAAAAUUGUAGACAUCGGGAAAAAUAUGAAAAGUUGCUCGGAAGACCUUUGCAGUACAUUUUUCAUGUGGAGAAAUAAAGCUCCGAUAUUGAUGGGAUUGAUUGUACUCCUGGAAUGAAUUCGUUUUAAUAAGCAUGCCGCUAAUGAUUCCUUUGCCAUAAGUCUACCAUCAAAACGAGGCUAAGAUGGCGAAUGAAACCCAUUCGUUGCCUCAUUCCGUGGCAAAUACCUACACUGCAUAAUGUAAAAAAGUGUUUACGCUUUUUGGAAGGUUUCAAUGUAGGUACCUACCUAUAUUUUAAAUGCGAUCAACUUAAAUCCAGAAAUCAAUUAUGUAUGAAUCCCGAUUAGGUAUAUGAAUCUACUUCCAAUUGCUGUUUUCCCUUCCCGUUUUCAGUACGGUAAAGGACACAUCAACUGAUUACGAUUUGGGGGCCGAUUUUUGAAAUUCGACCGCUCGAUUUCGUGUAUUUCAUUCAAUAAUAUCUCCACUACUAUGCAUUUAAAUUCUACUAGAUAAUAGAAUUGAAAACUAGUGGUCAAUACCACUAGAUUCCCAAUAUCUAUCGCUCGAAUUUCAAAAAUUAGAAUUUCGCCGUUUUCACCGAAUUUCGAGUGACGAAAUCGAGCGAUCGAAAUUCAAAAAACGGCCCCCGAUCCAUGAUUUGACCCUGCAAGUAAUAAAGCAAUAAAUAAUUUUGGCACCCCUAGAACACUUGCGUGGCGUAGCGAUGACGAAAUGGAUUAAUUAUAAAGAGAGCAGUAGUCAGUUGUCGCGCGACAAGCUAUCGCGGCGCACAUGCGUUAGGGGUGCAGGUGUAUCAAGGGCGACUGAAUUGAUAGUAGUAUUUAUAGUCUCCAAUGCAACAUAAAUUCUAAAGAAGUUUACAAUAGCAAUAAUUACCAGUACUUACCUACAGUUCAACCUGUAGAUUUCGUGUCUUAUAAAAACAUACAAAAUAGUAUGUAAUUUAAGUUUGGUAAGAACACAAUAACGACAUUUUCGUAUAGGGUAGAUACGUAAGUAUAAAUUUAGCAAUCGUCUUUUAAAUACGUUCGACGGAUCUCACAAACUAUACCUAAUUUAAACCAAGUCACUAACAAUACUUUCACUUUAAACCUUAGAUAUAAUAAAUACCCUCUGCACAAUUUUUAUAAUAAUAAAUUAUAAUUUGGUUGCAAGAACCAUACGAAUUGUAGUUUAUUUAGAAAUUAUCACUUAACAUCAGUGCUCACUUAAAAAGUAACCUUUUUCAUUCAAACGCGUACAUAAUAUAAAAGUUGUAUUACAUAUUCGGUACUUCGCACUAUUUUUUAAUACGUAGCACGUUUCGGUAUGAACUGCGCACCGCCGCUUUUCUCCAUUCCAAUACAAACAGUGCAUAUACUUGUGUAACCUUAACAAAUUAAACCCACUUAAACUCGUAAAAUAAAAAUAACAACGUCACCACAAAUUAAUAACCUAGAAGUUCGUUAUUAGAACAUACAUAACAUCUCGCCUAGAUACAUAAUAACAAUAAUUAAUCAAAAAUUAGCAGUGUCCCAUUGACUCAUUAACACCAAGCAACAUACAAAGUAGAUGUUAAAAGAAAUAUAUACAUACAUACGUAUAUAUAUUAUAGCGAUAAACUAUGACUGUAGAUUGAAAUGUAGUGUUUAAUUACAACGAUGCUGUAAUAAGGAUAUAAAUUCUAAAUCAAUAAUGAAACGAUAGAAUGAAAACAAUGUGCUUUCCGUAAACAUAAGAAAUAAUGUUGAUAAACAAUGGUGACGUGCAUUCAGUCUAAGAUGCCGCCGGCUUGAAUCCCGGUUACCGGGGGUUUUAUACUCACGCUCUACGGUGCUUCUGUGGUGGCAGACAUUUUGCAGAAUCAUAUGGAUUACUGAGACUAUGGAUACAGACUAUAGAUUAAAUGGACCAGUUGUGCCUACAGAUAUUAACCUGGAUGAUUUUAUAUACCUAACCUAUGUGCUCCACUAUAAUUCUGCAAAAUUUCCAGCUGUAUUGAUUGUUGUAGUAAAGUCCCUCGUUGAAGGAAUCAUUGCGCCCGCGCGCCCACGAAAGUCGCGUCACAACAGCCCGUGAACGACUAAUCCAUGUGUACGCUUUAUAAACGUGUCGAGUAGGUCACUAAGUUGUUUUGUAAUCUACACCUCUCCCAGUAAACUGCAUUGGUUUCCAAUCGGAUAGAUGCUGACUACACGAAAUGGGAAUGUAAACUUAUCAAAAUAAA